AUGUGCAGCCGAGGGCCGCUCUGUGCAUCCCUUUGGAGUCCUUGCAGCGGCAGAGGUGCGGCGGUGCGACGCGCUGUCGCAAAGUUCGAGCAGAGAAGGCGCCCAUCAGAGAAGCGGCAUGAGCACCCAAGAGGACAAAACGUCCCGGAAACUGGAGCCCAGUUGUCGUUGCAGCAAAAGCCUCGACCUGCCCUGGAAGAGGCUCCAAGCUCCAGAGAAGGUCAAGCUGGGAAGACCUCAGCACGUCCACAAGUCGUGAAAGAGAUUGCGUUAUAUUUGCGAUCACAAACGCCAAAGAGGCGUGGCAGUUCAGAGCAGAUUCUGCGCACGGCAGCCAAACGUCACUGGGACAUGGCAGGCUACAGCAACCUGUCCCGGGAUGAGGUGGAGAAGGCAAUUUUCCUGGGUUCCGGCAAACGCGUCCCAAGGACCACGAGCCAAGCGCUUGUCGACGUUUCUUCCGCUGCACCGAAGGUCAGGGACACCGAGCCCAAGCAAGGUGAGCAGGCUCCGGUGACCCAAGCCGCCCAAAGGCCUCUGGCGGCUCCGGCCAAGGAUAUGGACGAGCAAAGAUGCCGUCAAGGAGUCCAGGAGCUAAAGCAGCCAAGGGGUGCCUGGGGACGCGUCGUUGAUGCCCUGCGCUCGGAGAGGCCGGUUUGGCCAAGAUAA